ACAGCCUUGAAACCACAGAUGUGCUUGAUACAUUCAUUCCGAACGUGAUGCUCUCGUGUGAGGUGUGUAACUUCCACUCUCUUUGAUUCGAGGCUACAAAGGGAAUGUCAGAUGUGGAGACAGGUUUUUCCCGUUAUAAUUCACCAAAUGGCCAACUAUUGAAUCUUUUCACCCAUUUACAAGUUCAUUGGCAACGUAGACGUGGCUUUAAUUUUGUUAAUACUUCUGAUUUAUCAUAAAACAGUAGACGAUAUUGUAUUUGUUUGAUAUAUCAUGGCUGUAGUUGAGAAACGAGCCGGCACAACUGCUGAAGUCAAAAUGACGGAUGUUUAUUUUAAAUCUUUUAUCGCUGGAGGUGUUGCUGGUAUGUGUGCGAAGACUACUGUUGCUCCUCUUGACCGAAUCAAAAUACUUUUACAGGCACAUAACCAUCAUUACAAACACUAUGGUGUAUUUUCUGGUUUGAGAGGUAUUGUUCAGAAAGAAAGUGUCUUUGGAUUGUAUAAAGGAAAUGGUGCACAGAUGGUUAGAAUAUUUCCUUAUGGAGCUGUUCAGUUUGUUUCAUUUGAAAUAUAUAAAACAUUUCUAAAGAACAACUUUGGACAGUCUCAUGCUCUUAAAUUCUUUGCUGGCUCGGCAGCUGGCAUAACUGCCGUCAUGGUGACUUAUCCAUUAGAUGUAGUUCGAGCACGCCUUGCCUUUCAAGUGACUGGAGAGCAUGUAUAUUCAGGCAUUUAUGACACACUCUCAUGCAUAUUCAGAACAGAAGGAGGUUUACGAGCUCUAUAUAAGGGACUAUCACCUACUGUUCUAGGCAUGAUACCAUAUGCUGGUUUGUCAUUUUAUGUAUUUGAGAGGUUAAAAUUUUUUUGCCUUGAGUACAUCCCAAACGUUACGGGACGACCCCAUUCUGGUAGCAGUGGUGGAGUUGUUUUAACAGUACCUGCCAAACUGUUAUGUGGAGGUUUGGCAGGAGCAGUUGCACAGACAGUCUCAUAUCCUUUGGAUGUUGCUCGACGUAAAAUGCAGUUGAGCAUGAUGAGACCAGAAACCCAUAGAUUUGGGAAAGGUCUUACUACCACACUUGUUUUAACAUUCCGUGAAGAUGGUGUUGUGAAAGGGCUAUAUAGAGGCAUGACCAUAAACUAUCUAAGAGCUAUACCCAUGGUUGCUGUCUCUUUUUCAACAUAUGAACUGACGAAACAACUCCUUGGUUUGGACACGGGUAUUGAAUCUUGAUCUGAUGCGUAAGCUGUUUUUAUCAUCAUCUGGAAACAUCUCUCUGUAGUUUUCAGUAUGAAGUCUGUAUUAUACAUAUUUAUUUGUAUAUUUUAUGCCCUAAUUUAUUGUAAUAUAUGUUCAAGUUUUUAUGAUACUUAAGUUGGAUAUUGUUAAUCUUUAUAUAUAAAAAUAAAUAAGUUUUUUAAAAAACCAAGUCUCUUCAUGAUUCCAUUGCAAUUACUUCUAGCUUUGCAAGAAAAAUAGUUGUGUGUGUAUACAUAUGUAUGUGUAUAUAUAUAUAUAUAUAGAUAGAUAGAUAGAUCUUGAAAAAUUAUUCAUCCAAAAUAAUAAAAUUUUCAAUUUGAAAAAAUGUAAAAUGUAUAUUAUUUAAAACUGUUAUUUUAUUUAUAAUGCACUUUUUAAUUUUAAUGAAGAAUACUCAAUAAAAUAAAAAAAAGUUAUGAAUGAUAUACUUCUGUUAUAUCUAUAAAUUCAAAUUUGAAAAUAAUCGACCAUAUAGAUUUUGAUCAUUUUUACUCUUUGUAUCGUGACUUCCUCCAUAAUCAUAAUGCUAUGAAAGAAUCAAAUUUUUACUCGAUUUUUUUUUUUUUUUUUCUAAUGUUCGGUAAGAAAAAAUCACUUUAGUAUGUUUUCUUUAUAGAAUUGAAUGUAAAAAAAAUGUAUUGUGCUUUAUAUGUAUUUUGUUCAUAUUCUAAUAUUUUUCUGAGUGCUUUGAUUUGGUUGGUUAUUAAAAAUUACCUUUUGAAAUAUUUUUCCCUUCUUAUUUUUGGUUGUUUAAUCAUUACAUAUUAAAUCUGAUUACAGCUUAACUGUUUUAAAUAACAGAACUGUUUUCAUUAUUGGAAUAAUUGGACAUAAAAUUUCUUAACUAAGCAAACUUGAGAAUGAUAUUGACAAACUAUCAGAUUAGCGAAAAAAAAAAAAUCUUUUCUCCCCCCCCCCCCCCCCUGUGCUGUGAUGUCAUGCAAAUACAGCCGAGUGAAAUAUGCAAAAUUUGUCUUUUAAAUUUGUUUAUUUAUAACAUCAGUCGGACAAUACACACAACAUAAAACGCAUAAUAUAAAAAAACAUCCACAACAUAUAAACAACAGGAAAUUCAUACAUUACAAUAUUUGUAAAUCCAUUCCCACGACCAUUAUCUUAAUCUACAAGAUAGAACACCAUCACAAGGCCUUUUACUUUCAACACCACGCUGACUCCCGCCGAAAAAAUCUACCAUCUGGUCAACUAACUCCAGCGUGAUGUCAUCACACCCCUGAUCUACACCAAUACAGUGCUGCCAUCCACCCCCUGGAAAUUCUCGAGUCAAAUUCUUUACAGCGCCUUCUGUAGUUUUGUUCGUGAUGAAAUGUGUUGAUAUUUGGUGCUCAGGAAAUUUUAUUGAUAGAUUUCAAAGUUUUAUUUUAUUAUUUUUAUAAGCUUUGUUCCAAAGUGCAAUGAUUGUAUAUUUUCUAAUCACUGUAAAGACUACAUUUGUGAAGUAUAAUUAUGCUGCUUAUGUGAAAAAAAUAGUAAAAUAAAAUGUUUUCCUUAGAUUA